AUGCCAGGUUGUGUUUGCAAGGGUGGGAUCUGGCAUCAACUGGUAUCAGAGAGGCAAGAUCGCUGUACAAGGAGAAGGCUUUGUCCAGAAACCUUGAUGGAGACCAGAAAUCAAGAGUUGAAGAAACUGGAAGAAAGUUUGAAGGGCCUAGUAAGGGAGACGGUAGAGAAGCAAGCAGAGAAACAUGACAAGGAUAUGCAAGAAAUGAGGGAGAAGCAAGACAGAGAUAUCAAUGGGUUACAGACCCUAUUACUGAACCUGCAACCUGGGGGGAGUGAACCUGUGUCCAGUGCUGUUGUAGGUCCUGUCAGGACUGAGAAAGAGCUGUCGUAUCUCAAAUCCAUCAGGCCCAAGUUAACAAAGCUAGAAUUUCCCAGAUUCAAUGGUGAUCACAUCUAUGAUUGGUUGUUCAAAUGCAAGCAAUUCUUCGAGUUUGAUGAAACUCCAGAUGGCAUCAAGGUUAAAAUAGCUUCCUUACACUUGGAGGGAGCUGCACUGCAGUGGCAUCAGGGUUACUUGAGGAGAAGAGGGGGAGAGAAUCCUCCCAGUUGGGGAGAUUAUGUAACACAGCUAAAUACAAGGUUUGGUAAUGAGUUGCAUUACGACCCUAUGGAGGAAUUGAAGGACCUGAGGCAAGUGGGGUCAUCCACGACUACUUGA